CAAGCCGUACGCUGUCCCACCUGCGGCAAACAUUUUCCCCGCCUCGUCAACCUUGAAAUACACCAACGACUACACAGCGAGAAACCAUUUACAUGUACAGAGUGCGGCAAAUCCUUUGUUAAGAGCUCGCACCUGUCACGGCACAAACGCAUUCACACGGGCGAGAAGCCAUAUACCUGCGAGCAUUGCGGCAAGCGGUUUACGAACAAAGAAAAUUUGGUGACCCAUCGGCGCUAUCACACAGGGGAGAAGCCUUUCUCGUGCGGCGAGUGUGGCAAAAAGUUCUCGUUUAAAUCGCACAUGAUCAUCCACCAGCGCAUGCACACGGGUGAGAAGCCGUUCAAGUGCACUGACUGUGGCCGGGGUUUUGCAGAUCGUUCACACUUGCUGAAGCACAUGCGUAGUCACACGGGUGAAAAGCCAUUCCCUUGUAAACACUGUGGGAGAUGCUUUGCCCGGCGCUCGCACUGCAGCAACCACGAAAAGACGCACAUGCGUGAAAAAAAGUUCCAGUGUCCCGAUUGUGGAAAGGGGUUUGGGCUGAAGAGCCAGCUGAAGAGGCAUUGGAAGACCCACUAA